AGUGAAAAAGCAUGUUGCUAUUGUGAGUUUCAGUUUUCGUCUACUUUGUUUUUCAAAACAACCGGCCUUCCUAAAAUGUGGAAACGGGCCCCUAAACAACUAUUUCCCUUAUCAUACAGAUCUUGUGCUACAAUAAAUUUACCAAAAAAUGUCAAUAGUGAUAUGCCGAAAGCUUAUUCGCCUGCCUUAGUAGAAGGAAAGUGGUAUGAAUGGUGGGAGUCUAACUCAUUUUUUAAGCAGCAUAGGCCUUUAUCAUCCAGUGAAAAGUUUUCCAUGGUUCUUCCUCCACCAAACAUUACUGGUACUCUCCAUAUUGGACAUGCCUUAACAUGUGCCAUUCAGGAUUCUCUAGUUUGCUGGAAUAGAAUGAAUGGGAAAGAUACAUACUGGUUUCCAGGAUGUGACCAUGCUGGAAUAGCUACACAAGCUAUAGUUGAGAAAAAUUUGAAAUCUCAAAACCUGACACGUGAGCAGCUGGGUCGUGACAAAUUUGUUGAAGAAAUUUGGAAGUGGAAACAUGAAAAACAAGACAUCAUUUAUCAGCAGUUAAAAGGAUUAGGUUCAACCUUGAAUUGGGACAAAGCAGUCUUUACAAUGGAUCCAAAACUUUGUUAUGCAGUUAAUGAAGCGUUUAUUCGACUUCACCAAAAAGGAAAAAUUUAUCGGAAGGAAAGCCUAGUGAAUUGGUCUUGUCAGUUGCGAUCUGCCAUUUCAGACAUCGAAGUUGAUCACCAGUCGAUUGAUGGGCCACAGGGAAUAUCCGUCCCAGGAUAUGAUAAACCAGUCACGUUCGGCUAUAUUUAUAAGUUUGACUACAAAUUGUCUGACUCCGAUGAACGUAUCGCGGUGUCCACGACUAGACCAGAAACUAUUUUGGGUGAUAUGGCAAUCGCAGUCAAUCCUGAAGACGUACGCUACAGCAAAUACAUCGGUAGAUCAGUUGUUCAUCCAAUUCGCCACGAUAAAUUACCUAUUAUUGCUGAUUCUAUGGUUGAUCAGGAAUUUGGAACAGGUGCUGUAAAGGUUACUCCGGCACAUGAUCAAAAAGAUUAUGAAAUAGCAGUGCGUCAUGGUAUUGAAAUGCUUAGCAUUUUCGACAAUCAGGGAAUAGCAAAUAAAAACUGCAGCGAAUUCAGCGGACUACCUCGGUUUGAACUGAGGGAAAAGAUGAUACAAUUUUUACGCGAUAAUAACCUGUUGAACAGUAUUUUACCUCACCAAAUGAGUGUACCACGGUGUAGUCGAUCUGGCGAUGUAAUUGAACCCCUUUUAAGACCGCAGUGGUUCGUUGACACACAAGAGAUGGCGCAAAGAGCCAUGGAAGCGGUCAAAAGUGGCAAUUUAAAAAUUCAUCCUCCUCAUUUUGAAAACGUCUGGUUUGAAUGGCUCGGCAAUAUUAGAGAUUGGUGCAUCUCGCGUCAACUUUGGUGGGGUCAUCGUGUACCUGCUUAUCGUUUUGCUGGAGAAAAUGAUGCAACUUGGAUCGCAGCGCAUAAUUUCCAGCAAGCUGUCGAACUCGCCAAACAUCAAAAUCUUCCCUUUUCAACAGUCAGUCAAGAUGAAGACGUACUCGAUACGUGGUUUUCUUCGUCGCUCUUUCCUUUUUCAGUCUGUGGAUGGCCUGAACAAACGAUUGAUCUCAAAAAUUUAUUCCCACUUAAUUUGAUGGAAACAGGACACGACAUUCUAUUUUUCUGGGUUGCUCGUAUGGUAAUGAUGAGUCUGGAACUAACCGGAGAGUUACCAUUCAAGGAAGUUCUUUUGCACGGCAUCAUUUGCGAUAGUCAAGGGCGCAAAAUGUCAAAAUCUUUGGGGAAUGUGAUCGAUCCGUUGGAUAUAGUUUAUGGUUCAUCCCUAAAAUGCUUGGAAGAUCAACUGGAAUCCAGCCUCAAAAAAGGGCAUCUUUCUUCAAAAGAAUUUGAAAAGGCUAUGACAGAAAAGAGGGUUACAUUUCCUGACGGAAUACCACAAACGGGAUCUGACGCUUUGAGAUUUACCCUUUGCUCCUACAAUGUUAAAAGUCAUUUUAUUAACCUGGACAUGGCGACUUUAAAGAAAAACCGCCUUUUUUGCAACAAAAUAUGGCAGGCUACUCGGUUUUUGUUUCAGCUUUUGGAUGAAACAUUUCCGCAAAAAAGCUCAAACGAAAUUUAUUUGCGAAAGGAUCCGAUCCAUUCGUCCCUCAUAAAUCAAUGGAUUAUGAAUGGCCUGGAUAAAAUGGUCAGCCAAGUCAACAGUGCAAUGUCGAGAUACGAUUUCCAUCACGCCACGGAUGCACUCUACACUUUUUUGUAUGGGAGUCUUUGCGAUGUUUACCUAGAAGCUAUCAAACCUUUAACUGGGGUGGAUAAACAAGAAUCUGCCCAUGUUCUUGCAAUUUGCUUAGAUGUGGCACUUCGCUGUUUGGCCCCUUUUAUGCCUUUCAUUAGCGAAGAGCUUUAUCAGCGCCUGCAUAAGAAACUUGCCGAUCAUGGAAUCCAAUCGCCACGAUCCAUGAGCAUUCUUAUUGCUAAAUAUCCCGUGAAAGAUGAGUUUGCUAUAUGGAAAAAUGCCGAGCUUGAACAAAAUGUCGAUUUAAUCUUACGGGUCGUCACAGAAUUACGAAAUGUGAAAGUGGAGUACGGAUUAGCCAAGUCAAAGCCAGAAGCCAUCCUCAUCUGCUCAUCCGAGAAUAUUUUAAGUAAAAGCGAUCAGUAUUCCAAGCUUAUGGCAACUAUUGGUGGUCUGGAAUCUGUGACUAUUUGUGAGGAGCGGCGUCUACAAAAUUCGAAAGAAAAAGUCUGGGUAUCUCGUACAGUUGAUAGUUGCUCUGUUCAUGUCAAUAUUGCAGGGAUGGUUGAUUUGCGAGCGGAGCUUAAGAAAAAUCAAGAUAAGAUGAGGAAACUUGUCGAUAAACUUUCUCGGAUGGAAGCUAAUAUGAACUCAUCUUCAUACCAACUGAGUGCUCCAUCUCAUGUGCAAGACAUUCACCGACAAAAAGCUGAUUCGUUGCGAAACGAAAUUAACAGUUUAAAAUUAUAUGCCCAAAAGUUAGACGAACUGUAAAUUAGGAAUAGUAAAUACAAAGUAUUGUUGACCCA